AUGCGCCAGGGCAUCUACCGUUGCUUGUGCGCAACUACGGAAAAAACACCUCUUGUAUCAGCUGCAGAUGAUCUCGGCAUUCUUCGUGAGGGAGACGAACCUACUAUCGAAGAUGUAUUACGACGGCAAGUCCUAGACAAAGAUCGCGAGAAUGAUAAGCUUCAAUCGACGAUAUUGACGCUACAACAACAACUUACUUUGAGGCCACCCAUUGAAAGGAUCCAAGAGCUGGAGAAGGAAUACAAAAAUCUGGAUCUGAUCCUGCAGGGAACUCAGAGAGAGAAUGAAAGGUGCAUGGCAGAACUAGACAGGGUGAAGACAAGGGAGAAAAUGUUGGAACAAGCUCUGGCCAAAUUCGCGGGCGAGAAUUGGCAGAGUGUGCUCGACAUAGCGCCGUCUUCAUCAACAUUCGCAGCUCGUGCUGUCAUGGGGUCCGUCUUCUCUCGAGGGGCGCUGACACCUCAGUCAGGCACUCCUGAUUCAUCUGCCUCUGCGCCCGUCUCUCAAGCUGCGGUGGAGGCUACGUUAUCGCAGGUAGAACAGAUUCGCCUCCUCGUCCUCGGCAUGGAGCAGCGCUUGCAGAACAGGGAGGAGAAGCUCGCAAAGACAAUCGGGCAUGCUGAAGCGCAAGAAAUCAAGUGCGAUGCGUUGAAGAAGGAGGUAAUGGCCACAAAAGUGGCUGCAUAAUCUACGUUGCGUGUUUUCUUUUUCCGUAAUUCCUUCAUUUUUUUUCCUUCGCAUGUUUGUACUAUAGGACUCGGAGCAUCAUUCCCGCAUAUCCAUGUGUAUGUUUUACCACCCAUUCUCUAUAUGAAAUCACUAGUUUGCAUAAUCUUGCCUGAUGAUCCCUCUGAACAUUUCAGAGUUAUGCUGACGUGCUGAUCCUUAUCAUUGUUAGCGUGUCACAAUCUUAGAGAUCCUGAAAUAUUUUAC